GGAGGCCGCGGGACUGAUGAACCAUUUUCCCUGCUUGAUUAUUCGUGGUAUCUGCGAUUACUCGGAUUCACAUAAAAAUAAAGAAUGGCAGGGUUAUGCGGCUAUGGUAGCAGCUGCGUAUGCAAAAGACUUGCUAUACCGGAUCGCUCCCAACAGCGUUACGGCAGAAAAGAGGAUCAUAGAUGUUCUGUCAGAUGUACAAGAGACAGUUCAUGGCGUAGAAAAGGAGGUCCAUAAACUUGUCCAUAAACAACACAGUCAAGAACAGCGAGCUAUCCUUGACUGGCUUACACUUGUUGA